UCAUGUGUGAGCGGGGGCUUUAUUUUGAAACCAGACACCGGAAGUUGUAUAAUUUUGUUUUGCUGUGAUUGACACUUUGGCUGAUUUUCAUCGGCUGUCCAUACAGGUGCGCAUGGACAUUUGUGCGUAAUUUGCGGGCGGCGAGAAAUGCGUGUUUACUAUGUGAAUGCACGAUGCUCGGCGUUCCAGGCAGAAAUGCGCGUCCACGGCGGAAUAUCUCUGCAGCUCACACACUGAAGACAGUGCAAGUGGGGCAUGCAUUCACUUUAACACAGCGGACCAACAAGCUGGUGUAGUCAGUAGCAGAUUCCCGGGGAUAAAACGACGUCUUGGUUUUCUGCAACAACACUGGAUUACCGGAGCUGCAGGAGGUGGGUUUGAAGGAAGGUUUUCAGUUUUGAGCAUAAUAAGAGAAAAACGUGGAGAUCCCAGAUGUGAAAAGGCAGGUGCGUGUCGAGAUUCGCACCUCGUUUUUUUUUCUUUUGCAAUCUGAUUUUCGGCCGGAGCCUGUGAAAUGCAGCCUCUACCUGACAGAUGUGUGGCACCACAACUGCAGCCUACAGAGAGCGUCUCCUGUCUACCUGCUGCUGAUCUGCUGUGGUCGGCUGUGGAGGACUGAGAGUGCUACAGCUGCAAAUCUCAUCAUCAUCAUCAUCACCAUCAACGUCUGCCACUUCAAACACGACAAGAUACAAGAGGACAGAGGCUGCUUUUGUCUGAUCAAAAGCGCCGGCAGUCACAGAGUACCUGUAGACGAUGACUCCAGCAGAGCUGCUUGCUUGAACGCAGCAUGAGAUAAUUGAGGACCACCAUACUAAUCGCUGAUUCAAGCUUUUUCUGUUUGGCGCUGAUGAAAAUGUUCCAGUGUGUCAGUUGACUGACAGGGUUGCAGUGCUGUUCUAGCCCCGGGACAUCGCCAGCAGCUGAAGCGCAGACACCACAAAGGAGAUGGCUCGUCCAGGAUCAGGGAUGCUGGUGCCCGUCAAUGGACUGGGGUACCCCCCUCAGAACCUGGCCAGGGUGGUGGUCUGGGAGUGGAUGAACGAACAUGGUCGCUGGAGGCCCUACAGUGCAGCGGUUUGCCACCAUAUUGAGAAUGUGCUGAAGGGGGAUGCCCGGGGAAGUGUAGUUCUGGGCCAGGUGGAUGGUCAGCUCUCUCCUUACAUCAUCGACCUGCAGUCCAUGCACCAGUUUCGACAGGACACAGGCACCAUGAGGCCGGUGCAGAGGAACUUCUACGAGCCGUCGUCUGCCCCGGGGAAAGGCGUGGUGUGGGAGUGGGAGAACGACAACGGCUCGUGGACGCCGUAUGACAUGGAGAUCUGUGUGACCAUCCAGAACGCCUACGAGAAGCAGCACCCCUGGCUCGACCUGACCUCUCUGGGCUUCUGCUACCUCAUCGACUUCAACAGCAUGUCUCAGACCAACCGGCAGAGCCAGCGCAAGCGGCGCCUGCGGAGACGCAUGGACCUGGCCUACCCGCUCAUCAUGGGCUCCAUCCCCAAGUCGCAGUCCUGGCCCGUGGGAGCCAGCUCCGGCCAGCCCUGCUCCUGCCAGCAGUGCAUCCUGGUCAACAGUACGAGAGCCGCCUCUAAUGCGAUUCUGGCCUCUCAGCGGCGUAAGCACUACGGAGGGACAGCGGGCAACCCGGGCGCUGCAGGAACCCUCACAGUGGUGCGGCAGAGCAACACCUUUGCUGGAACCUCCCUCUGGUCUCCGACAUCCACCUCCUCCGGCACCAACAACAAUAACAUAAGUGUGGGGGGUGGGCAAGCCAAAGCGGAACAGGUGCAGUUGCCACUGUCCACUGCCAACUUCCCCUGUUCCCCCGUGAUGCCAUCUCUUUCAUCCGCCCAUGGCCACCACGCUCUCACCAUCAACGGACAGAACAACCUGAACCGGCCGGGCACUCAGCGCAUUUCCAUGGGCACUGCCAGAGGAGCCAUCCCACCAGGAGUUCCUGCCCUCCCAGUAAAGAACCUGACUGGAUCUGGACCAGUGCACCCAGCACUAGCAGGUAUGACAGGUAUCCUGAUGUGCGCUGCAGGUCUGCCGGUUUGCCUGACUCGGGCCCCCAAGCCCAUUCUGCACCCGCCACCCAUCAACAAGAGUGACAUGAAGCCUGUGCCAGGGAUCAACGGCAUGCGCCGCAAAACCAAGAAAAAGCACCUGAGGAGAGGGAAAAACCCAGAGGAUGUGGUGCGAAGAUACACAGAGAAGAUUAAAGUGGUACCAGAUGAGGACUGUACCAUCUGCAUGGAGAGGCUGGUCAUGUCAUCAGGCUAUGAAGGCGUCCUGCAGCACAAAGGCAUCAAGCCAGAGCUGGUGGGCAAACUUGGCAAGUGUGGGCACAUGUACCAUCUGCUGUGCCUGGUGGCCAUGUACAACAAUGGCAAUAAGGAUGGCAGUCUUCAGUGUCCAACAUGCAAAACCAUCUACGGGGAGAAAACAGGCACACAGCCCCCUGGGAAGAUGGAGUACCACGUCAUCCCCCACUGCCUGCCCGGCUACCCAGACUCCAAGACCAUCCGCAUCGUCUAUGACAUUCCUGCUGGCAUCCAGACCAAUGAGCAUCCCAACCCCGGGAAGAAGUUCAGUGCAAGAGGGUUUCCUCGACACUGCUACCUCCCUGACAAUGAGAAAGGCAGGAAGGUCCUGAAGCUGCUGAUCAUGGCCUGGGACCGACGCCUCAUCUUCACCAUCGGCACGUCCAGCACCACGGGCGAGUCAGACACAGUGGUGUGGAACGAGAUUCACCACAAGACAGAAUUCGGCUCCAACCUGACCGGCCACGGCUACCCCGACCCCAACUACCUGGACAACGUCCUGACAGAGCUGUCGGCCCAGGGGGUCGGCGAGGACAACCUGAAGGACUGAUGUGCAGCUGAGCUGGUACACAGGACCACAACCCACCAUGCCACGCCGUCUCCCAGAAAACAGGGACACUGCAUGACGGGCCGACAACUCUUUACUCCCCACAAACAAAAAAAACCCCUGCAGAAGUGGUGGCACAAGAGCAACGGAAGCAAAAUAAAUGACGUGGUUAUGAUCAGUCUUUUUGAUGUGUGUAACCUAAGAUCCCCCCCCUGCUGUCUCUUGAUCCAUGCCUUGAGCAUGUGUGUUUAUGCCAAAUUUUCUCAGAGGGUUGAAGAAUGUAAAGAUGAGGUGACGUUUCUCUCUUGAUGUCGGUAGCUGCAGGUAAAUGGUAUUUAACCCCUUUUAGAUCCAAACUGAAGCUGUCCUCCUGAGGGGCCAAAACUAUACAAAGGCAUAUUUGUAAAUGCUGAACUCCAGAAUGCAUGGCCCAGACUAACGCUGCAUAAUGAAUGUUGGGCGAAUAUCUGCAAUAGGGCGAGGUGUCAUUAGAUCAGUUGUUGCUUGUUUUUGUGAAGAGACAUUUAAGAGAAUUUCAGCAUUCGGAAUGAUCCUGAAUCGAUAUUUUGUUCCCCCCUUUUCUCUAAUAAUUAUUUAUUGUCGUGUAACAAGUGGUGGUUUUGUGAUUUGAAGGAGAGGAUUUGGGCUUUUUGGUGAUGUUACUGUAAAGUUGCACUGGGCAUCUCUGACAUUUUCCACUUCUGAUACCUUAGGUCAGUUGUUCUGUAAAAUGAAAGCGUGUUCUGUAGUGCAUGAAGUAGAUUCCAGAGAGCUAAAGGCUAUGAAAUAUUAGUGUUUGGUUGUAAACGUAUGUUGUGUGGUUAACCUUGUGGACUGUCCAUGAGAGGAGACAUGAAAUAGAUGAAACAAGCAUCUCACCGGUCAGUUUGAUGCUUGUUACAAGGUGUUGUAACUUGAAAGACUGAGGUUGUGAAGCGGGGUUUGCUAUGCUCCAAGGUUAAACUCAUUUGUUUUGUUGACACACUGAUGACGGUGACCUCUGUGAAUAUAAAGCCGGCAUUAUUUUUCUCCCUGCUGGAGCAAACCCGGGCGUUGGCACGAUCCAUCAUGCUGACCAUACAUGAGGGGCGAGCGUGUGUGAUUGCGUGCUUUGAGGCAUUAAUAUGCUGGCUCGAAGUCCUUGAGGAGAAUAGCUGAACACUCUCCUCACAGAUGGACGUCUCCUCUUUUAAACACCAACAGUUUUUCCUCUGAGAUGCAUUUUGGGCAGCGCUCCUGCUCGCCUGCCAUCUGAAAGUCUCUGGUGAGCUUGUUUGCUGCUAGGCAGUGCACGGGGCUCCACUGCUUGUAUAGCGAGCAGUGAAAUAUCUCAUUUCCUGCGUGAGCUCACUCAAGAGUUGCUAGGGCCGAUUCCUAAAGUAUGGCCUCGCUCACACUUUUCUCCUCCUCCUCCUCCUCCUACUCCUCCCCAAGAACCAUGCAAAUGUUGGUAUGUAAUUUGCUGGUAACCAUUUUUUCCUAUGCUCUCCUCUUUACCCCUCAGAUAUUAUGCCUGUAAGCUAAAGACUUUUUGAAGGUCCUUGGAGGAGAUGUGAUGUUUCUUUAGUCUGAGAUAAAAGAUAACCCAGUGCUGCAUAAUUCUCCAUAAAUAUAUCUGAUCAAUGUUAAUGAGCGGGGGUGUAGAUGUAAGGUUUAUCGAGUGGACACCCAGCUGUGAGCUUCAUUUUGGAGUGAAUCAUAGUCUUCCAUAGCACUUUGAGGCAACGGUUUUGUUUAAUCGGUAGUUUAAUUUUUAGAAAAAUGUCUUAAAUUGCAACAAAAUCUGUCCUUUUUUUAAGUUGAUGUUUAUAAACUGGCUUGCAAUGCUUUAAAAAAUAUAUAUAAUAUACAUUUGCAGAUGUGAUAUACCUUUAAAUUCAAGCUCAAUUUGAGUCGAUGGUGUUUAAGUUUAAUUUAUUUUUAUACUCUUCUAUAUAGAAAAUAUAAUGAUAUCGACGGGCCCACAUAUCUAUACACAGGCACAUGUUACCAUGAAUACAUAAAAUCUGGCAAAGAUGAAUUUGUCAGUAUGUCAGGGACUGUUGAAAUAUGUACGACAUGUUAUGGACGUCUUAUAUUACAAGUAGUCUUAGCGUAUGCUGCUGUCGUUACCUUAAUGUAGAAUCUGUGUAGUCGAUCCCCUGUGGGACUCCCAAUAAAUACAGUAAAUGUGUCUUUAUUAUUGGUGGGGGAGCUUUAGCAGCAUGAACAUGACCGUUUCCCCUCCAAAUAGACCAUUUCUCUUUUUCUACUUGUCCAGAACAUGGGAAUGGAUGCAGUCAGCAAUCUUUGCUCAGUUUGAAGAUGAAAACAUCACACCUGGGUUAAAAAGAAGCUACACAUAAUGCUUGGAGUUUGUUUUAACUAAGCGAAGCAACAUAUUGGUGGGAUUGACCUCAGUCAGUUGUCAAUCUAAGUACACUGAAUUUAAUGUUUUUAAAGGCCCUGUAAACCUAUUUUCUCUACUAUCCUUCUCUGUAGUUCAACAGUUUUCUUCCAAAGUUUGAACAUUUUUGGUUAUUUUAAAUGAGAUUUUGUUGUAUUUGUGUGUUCAGAUAUAUAAACAAGGAUGACAUGACAGCUCUCUAAAAGUGAAGCCAAAACAUAUCGAUCGC